GCCACUUUCGCUUUCCAUCUCCCAAACUGCGGGGGCCAAGCGGGGCCAGCGGAGCAGCGCGAUGGCUCCAGCGCUGGGGCUGGGGGCGCUCCUGGCGCUCCUGGCGCUGCCGGGGGGCUCGGGGGGGCAGCCCAAGGUUCUCCACUCCCUGCGUUACCUGCAUGUGGCAGUGACGGAGCCCAGCCCGGGGAUCCCUCAAUACCUGGUGUUGGGAUACGUGGACGGGAUCCCCAUCACACGCUACGACAGCGAGCGGGGCCAGACAGAGCCGCUGACACCAUGGAUGGCGGCUGGACCUGAGCCAGAAUAUUGGGAUAGACAGACCCAGAUCAAUGAGAGGAACCGGCUCAUUGAUGCCAACAACCUGGAGAGAGUGGGGGCCCGGUACAACUGGAGUGGGGGUCUCCACACGCUGCACCGGAUUCAUGGCUGUGACCUCCUGUCCGACGGGAGCAUCCGUGGAUCCAGCCGGCUCGGCUACAACGGGUGGGAUUUCAUCUCCUUCGAGCUGGGAUCCGGGAGCUUCGUGGCAGCCGAUGGAUCUGCCCUGUCCACCAAGAGGAAAUGGGAAUCUGACAGGAUCACAAUGGAGAGACGGACACAUUACCUGGGAAACGUCUGUCCGGAAGGGCUCCGGAAAUUCAUUGGAUAUGGGCGGGAGGUGCUGGAGCACAAAGGUGAGGGAGACAGAAUUCCCAGGGGAAUGUGGGAUUUGGGAAUGUGA